AUGGGACUGGUAGACUGGUCCUUCUGGACCCGGGCGCUUGUGCCCCUGGCCUGGACGUCCGUGACGACCGUGAUGCUCGUCCUCGGUUUGAAGAGUGAGAAAUUCCCAUCUCCGAGCGAUUCAAGCGAGCACGAACUACUCAAACUGCUCGAACCACCCGCUCCAUCAUACGAGAUCGGGCAAGAGAAACAGCGCAAGCAAGAAGAAGAUCAUAAGCACGAGCAAGAGAAAUGUAAACUACAAGCGGAACUCUAUCAAGCUGUGAGAGAGUACGAUCUGAAGGUCCUCAAGGUGAAUCAGGCUCACGAGCUGGCAAUGCGACAACAGAACCUCGCUGAACUGGAAGCGAAGCAUGUUAUGGAUAUGACUGCUCGCAAGCAGGAAGCCGCGGAGCUGGAAGCCAAGCAUGUCAUGGACAUCGCGAUUCGCAAACAGGAUCUGCUCGAGCUCGAGACCAAGCACGCGCAUAAGAUGGCUCUGCAAACUUCGAAGAACGAGGUAGCAGAAACCGAAUCUUGGUCGCCUUUGACGCCGGACACUGAAACUCAAGAUGAAUUUCAUUGGGAAUCAUAA